GACAAUAAUUUUCUCUACCUCAGUUUCAACAGUACUGGGAGUCACUACACCUUUCCCAACCUUAAAUAUUUAUAUUUAUCUUCAUGCAAUAUCAAUAGUUUCCCAAAACUCCUUAGUAGGCUAAAAUAUCUUGAAUCUUUAGAUCUAUCAAGGAACCAAAUUCAUGGCAAGAUUCCAAAGUGGUUUAAUAGCACAGGGAAAGAUACUUUGUUUGUUUUGGACCUUUCUCAUAACCUUCUAACAUCAGUUGGGUAUCUCUCGCUCUCAUGGGCGACCAUGCGAUACAUUGACCUUAGCUUCAACAUAUGUUGCAAGGAGAUAUUCCAGUUCCCCCACCUAGAAUUGAAUACUUUUCUGUCUCAAAUAACAAAUUGACAGGACACAUUUCUUCAACUACUUGCAAUGCAAGCUCCCUUCAGAUGCUCGACUUGUCUCACAAUAACUUGACAGGCAAGCUUCCUCAAUGCCUUGGAACCUUUCCUUACCUUUCAGUUUUGGAUAUGCGAAGGAACAACCUUAGUGGAAUGAUACCCAAAACCUAUCUUGAGAUAGAAGCAUUGGAGACUAUGAAUUUUAAUGGCAAUCAAUUGGAGGGACCAUUACCUUGGUCUGUUGUCAAUUGCAAACAGCUAAGAGUUUUGGACCUUGGAGAAAAUAACAUACAAGAUACAUUCCCGACUUUUCUGGAGUCACUUCAGCAGCUGCAAGUCCUUAUUUUACGUGCUAAUAGGUUCAAUGUACCAUUAAUUGUUUGAAAUUGAAGAAUGCUUUUCCCAUGUUGUGGGUUUUUGACAUCUCCAACAAUAAUUUUAGUAGCAAUUUGCCAACAGCUUACAUUAAAGACUUCAAGGGAAUGAUGGUGAAAGUCAAUAAUGGUCUGGAAUAUAUGAGCGGCGAAAACUAUUCUUCCAGUUACUAUGAUUCUGUGGUAAUCACAAUAAAAGGAAACACUUAUGAGCUGGAGAGGAUCUUAACUACUUUCACAACUAUUGAUUUGUCAAAUAACAGAUUUGGAGGAGUGAUUCCAGCAAUCAUUGGAGAAUUAAAGUCACUCAAAGGGCUUAACCUUUCCCACAACAGAAUCACUGGUGUUAUUCCACAAAACUUUGGUGGUUUUGAAAAUCUAGAAUGGUUAGACCUCUCUUCAAACAUGCUCAUGGGUGAGAUUCCAAAGGCAUUGACCAGUCUUCACUUCCUCUCAGUCUUAAACCUUUCAAAAAACCAGCUGGUGGGGAUUAUACCAACAGGUAAACAGUUCAACACAUUCCAGAAUGAUUCCUAUGAAGGUAAUCAAGGGCUAUGUGGGUUGCCUUUGUCAAAAUCUUGCCACAAUGAUGAAAAACUGCCAACAGAUUCAACAACAUUUCAGCAUGAUGAAGAAUUCAGGUUUGGUUGGAAACCCGUAGCUAUAGGAUAUGCAUGUGGAGGGGUAUUUGGAAUUCUAUUGGGUUAUAUUGUCUUCUUCUUUCGGAAACCAGAAUGGUCAAUCAGUUUUGUUGAAUGCAUUCUUAAUCAAAGAGUGAGAAAGAAGAGCAACAGAUCUAAUGCAAAUACAAGACGAUACAAUCAAGGUCGUUAAAGGAACUGAGAAUCAGUCCACACUGGGAAUAUAUAGCAGGUGUCAAGUUGAUGUCCAUAUAGUGAACGCCAUUUCAGUUGAGGUCAUUCUUCUACUCCAUUCUAUUUUUGUCCCGUUGGCGUUGCUGAACAUGGUGUUGAACAUGUUGAAAAAUUUGAUGUGACAAGGUUACUCUUUCAAUUCGUGUGUUGAACAUACUGUCUCCUUUUACCCAAUUUUGCUAAAAAUUGCUGAAGCACU